UCCGCGCUGUAGGUCCACACGUGAGCAUGAGCGGACUGUGAGAGAAGCUGGACUAGUUCUGGGUUUGACGGGACGGUUCGGGCGGGAUGUUGUACCUGGUCGGGCUGGGGCUCGGGGACGCCGCCGACAUCACGGUGAAGGGUCUGCGGGCGGUGCAGCGCUGCUGCCGGGUGUAUCUGGAGGCCUACACGUCGGUGCUGACGGUGGGGAAGGAGGCGCUGGAGGAGUUCUACGGGAAGGAGCUGAUCCUGGCGGACCGGGAUCUGGUGGAGCAGGGAGCCGACGAGAUCCUGAAGGGAGCUGAUGUGGACGACGUGGCCUUCCUGGUGGUGGGCGACCCGUUCGGCGCCACCACCCACAGCGACCUGGUCCUCAGAGCAGUGCAUGCUGGGAUACCGUACCAGGUCAUCCACAACGCUUCCAUCAUGAACGCCGUCGGCUGCUGCGGCCUGCAGCUGUACAACUACGGGGAGACGGUGUCGGUCGUGUUCUGGACAGAAACGUGGAAACCGGAGAGUUUCUACGACAAGAUCUGCAAAAACAGAGCAGCUGGACUGCACACGCUGUGUCUGCUGGACAUUAAAGUGAAGGAGCAGAGCGUGGAGAACAUGAUGAGAGGGAAGAAGAUCUACGAGCCGCCGCGCUUCAUGACCGUCAGCCAGGCUGCAGAUCAGCUGGUCCAGAUCAUCCAGAGGAGGCGGGACGAGGAGGAGGAGGAGGAGGGGGCGGAGCUAGGUGUGACGGAGGACACGGUCUGCGUGGGCGUGGCCCGGCUCGGCUCGGACGACCAGCUGAUCCGGGCGGGAACGCUACGGCAGCUGGCGUCAUGUGACCUCGGGGGGCCGCUCCAUUCGCUGGUGGUGACCGGCCGACUCCACCCGCUGGAGGUGGAGCUGCUGCGGCUCAACGCCGAGCCGGACGCCCUGGAGAACCUGCACGAGAUCGACAGCUCCACCUUCACCUCCUGACACGCUAACGAGUGCUAACGGGUGCUAACGGGGCAGUUUGAACAUUCAGGUCCUCACGGAGGCAGCAGAGUCACACACACACAAAACACAAACACUCAACCAGAGACUUUAAAUCAGCAGAGAAACGUUAGUUUGAUCCAAGAUAAAUUAACUUUUAAUGUCAUUUGGUUUCAUGUUUAAAAUUCUGAGGACGGCCAGAGUCCUGUGACGUCAUCAAUAAAGAAGCUGAUCUCGUCUCAUCAGAAUUAUUUAUUACAGCUUCAGAAAAAGGAAACGGUUUGGCACAGUAUAAAAGUGACAUCACGCCGGCCGAGGACCAAUCAGCUGGUCCCGGCGGCGGAGGGGGGGGCUCAGAUUGU